AUGACAAAUGAGGAGAAGCGGCUGCACACUGUAGAUGUCAGGCGCACCCUGGCGUUCUACCUGGAGCACACCAAGCCCUUCCGCGGAUCAACCCAGCUCUUUAUCAUGAUAGUUGACGGGAUGAAGGGCUUUCCGACUGUUUCUCCCAGUUGCGACUUCGAUUUGUUUCCUAUUGUCCUAAGGAAACCUACCUUUGAACCAGUAGCUACCUGUUCUCUCUCCCUCAAGACUUCAUUCCUCAUUGCCAUUGCUUCAGCUAGACAAAUGGGAGAACUUGGUGCCCUUAAGGUCGGCCCACCAUAUACCAUCUUUUAUGAAGAAAAGGCAAUUCAAGACGAUACUUCCAGUUCAUUAAAAGAUCACCGUUUCCAACAUGAAACCGUAGUAACCAGCGAACCUUAUAAAAGUCCAAAUAUAAGGCCCUCGACGUUUGAGGAAUUGAACUUUAGAAGAGCCUACUUUCCCAGCCAUCCCAACCAGGUCCCAUUGAAAUCAAUCAGACACGUCAGCUUUCAGGAUGAAGAGGAAAUUGUUAGAAUAAAUCCUCGUGAUAUUUUAAUACGUCGUUAUGCAGACUACAGACAUCCUGACAUGUGGAAAAAUGAUCUGGAGAGGGAUGAGGCGGACUCCAAUAUACAGUUUUCUAAGUCCGACAAUAAAAAAUCGGACUAUCUAUAUCCAUGUGUGGAUGGGACUAAGCUGAAUUCACUAAAAGACCCGAAGAGUUCUGUGGUAUUUAAAACACAGCCUUCCUCGUUAAAAUUUAAAAAGUCAAAAAGAAGGAAAGAGGAUGGUGAGCGUUCUCGCUGUAUAUACUGCCAGGAGAGAUUUAAUCAUGAAGAGAAUGGCAGGGGGAAAUGUCAGGAUGCUCCAGAUCCUAUUAAAAGAUGCAUAUACCAAGUUAGUUGCAUGCUUUGUGCAGAGAGCAUGCUAUAUCACUGCAUGUCAGACUCUGAAGGAGAUUUCUCUGACCCCUGCUCAUGUGACACUAGUGAUGACAAGUUCUGCUUACGAUGGUUAGCCCUGAUAGCUUUGUCAUUCAUUGCCCCAUGUAUGUGCUGCUACCUCCCCUUGAGAGCAUGCCAUCACUGUGGUGAGGUGUGUGGGUGCUGUGGAGGAAAGCAUAAAGCUGCUGGAUGAACAGUCUAGUGCCAAAUAGAGCUGAAAAUCUUUGUUUCCAGGAAGCAUCUAUCUUGGAUUUGUGGAAGCCUUUGGCAAGAGGAAGGAAAUCUUCUCGUGUAAGAGAAGCCUGAUGUGGAAGAAGCAGCAAGACUUGUCAGACCUUAGCAUUUUACAAAUGCUAGUAGCCAUGCUUAACUAUUUCCUUUCAGUGCAUGGUGUUUCGUUGCAAGUUACGAAGGAGUUUGGAAAAGGAAGCCUUUUCUUAUUAUUGGCUAUAAAAUGAGUAUAUAAACUACAGUUAUACUAAAAGGGAUUAACUUUUGCCAUUUUGUACAUUCAUGGUUUAGGUGAUGGGGCUCUUAAAAGAAUUACAAAUUAUUUGAGAGGAAAUUAAAAGUGCACUAAUGACAGUUGAUUUAAGACUAAGAAAAGUUAAUACUUGGCAAAUGAGAAAUGAAACUGAUUUAAGUGCAACUAAAUCACUUAUUAAUAGAUUUUUGGAAGCAACUUUAUAUAUAAAUAACAAAUGUUUAUAUUUAACUAAAUGUGUAAGGUACGAAUUAUUACAUAUUAAACUUUCCUUCCCCCUUCCAGUUAUAUAGUAGGUAUGAAUCAUAUCUACAAUCACAUUCCAUAAUAGUAUUUUAAAUAUUUAAUUAGUUUAUUUAGUAGCAUUUCUAUUCCAGAUGGACAAAUUGGUAUUUUCAGACCUAUUUCCCGUCAGCUACAGUUUGUAUUGAGUUGUAUCCAUGCAUUCUGGUAAUCUCUAAAAACCUUUAAAAUAUUAAUUAUUAUAGUCUUGAGUGACCAAUAUUUUUUUGUUAAGCACAGAUGUAAGUGUCUAAAAUGUUCUAAUAAGAACACAUUUAUUUUUCUAUAUAAAUUACUUUGGUUUCAACAAUUAUAGCAAAAGAAGUUGUUUUCUGUUACUCAACCAGCAAGUUGUUUUCUUUUGGGGUGUCUUCCAAAAAAUAUUUUAUCGCAUUUACAAAUGUUCAGCAAAGCAAAAGGUCCAAUAAGGCAGUUGUAAUGGUAUGUCAUCAGUGUUCUCCAUUUAUCCUUCUGUUAAACUAAGAUUAUAUGUUCAACUGUUUAUCAUGUACGACGAUUAAACUGAAAGAUUAAUAAUUAACAAAAAUUGAAAUUGUUUUCAUUAUUUUGAAUUGUAGCAUCUUUUUAUUUAAACCGGCAAGAAUAAAAUUAUUCUGUGUUUAAAAAUAAAUUAACAACUUACAGCCCCUGAAAAAUUGGAGUAAACUUUUUUUGAGAGUGAGUGUGUGUGUGUCUGUCUGUCUGUGUCUGUGUGCACACACACAAAAGGUAUAUAAAAUUGGCCAUGGUAUUAUAUUACUAAAUGUUUAAUUUACAGAACAGUUGGUCAAGUAUUCUAACAGGUUAACUGUUAGAGAAUUUUUAAACAAGUUGUUAUGACUCUUAUUACAUGGCAUAACAAAAUACAUUCACUCAUAAUGUUUAAUUAAUGUCAUGUUAAAAUUCUAACAGAAGUAAAGGCCUUCAUUCAUUUAGGAAGAUAUCCCAAUAGGGUUGGAGUGGGAAGGAAUGUCCUUUGUACACCUUUCCUAUAAAAAGUUGCAUAGUUGAUUUUUUUUUUAAAUAACCUUAAUUUUCUAUGCAUUUUUCCCAGUGUGGGUGUAUGUACCUUUUCUUUCUUACAUAUAUUAAAGCUUUUGUUAGUUCUCUUCUGUAGUCCAGGAAUCAAAUUCUGAACAAAUGUAUAUAACACUAUCUGUCUGUAAAAUACUUUUUUAAAGAAAACAUUUAUAUUUAUAUGACAGCUCAAAUUGACAGCAUUGUGUACAUAGAGCAUCUUGAAGUAUUAUUUCACAUUGAAAAGAAGACAAAUAUAUUGAUAACUGUAGAAGUUAUGAAAGAGCUUCUAGUUUUGUACUAAAAAUUGAUUGGAUAAACUAAAUCCAAGAAUAUGACACUGUAGCAGCAGUCUUAAGUAUCGUUUUUACUGUUUAUAUAUUUGAAAGCUGCUACUCUGGAUGAUUUUCAUGCUUUACGUGUUUUCAGAUAAACUUGGUUGCCUAGAAUAGACUGUUACUUAAACUAUUCAUUAGUGAAAUGGGAAUGUUUUCCUUGUGAAUAAAAAAUAAUAUUUGUAAGUGCUAGGUUUUUAACAAGAUUGAGCGAGGUAUGAACAACCUAAGAAAAGAACUUGCUGGCUGUAUAGGAAAAUACUGUAGAAUUGUAUUGUGUAUAUACUUCAGGAAAAAAUGAGUUUAACAAUUUCCUCUGAGCACUAUUCAACAUAGUGCAACUCCUGGUCCUGUACUGUAUUUUAUAUGCAACAUAUAUGCUUUAAUAAUUUUACUGAAUGUGUGCAGUAAUAUUUUCAAUUUGCAUUUAACCACUUUGCUGCUAAAAUUUUGUCCCCAUCCUUUCCUUUACUCUUUUAAAAAAUUCAAUCCAUUUAAAAAAAAAAAAACCUUAAUGCCAUUAUCAUCUUUUUUCACCAUGGGUCUUUCUAGCAGUUCACCCAAUUUAAGACUAAUUAAAAGAAUUACACUGACACAUGGGUUGGAAGUAGUAGAGCACAGAGAUGUAUGCCUCUCUGUACUGUUUGGGUUCUUAUUCACUUUUGGAGGCACUUUCUGAGUAUCCAAAAAUAGACACUUUGCAAAACCAUUCAGAGACUGUCCCUUGCAUCCCACCCCUUGUCUGUGGCACUGUUAAGUGACAUUUACCUUUCCUUCUGAAAUCUUUUCUCAAGUUUUUGAAAGGGAAGAGGGAAACUUAAUACAAUUUUUUUUUUCUGAAAAGUCAGAAGUCAAAUUUUAGUCAUGUGACUUUGUAACAGAGCUCUGUGCUGCCAUAUGGGAGACCUAAGUUUUAAGAAACCGCCAUAGAAGAUUCACUUUCCUGGCAUGGUGAACUCUACAGUUAUGAAAAGAAAGCAUUUAGUCUCCUGGGGAAAGAGGUCAACUGUAGCACUUUGGCACCACCUACUGGAAAAACUAAAGGCAAGCGUGAUUACAUAGCCCAAUCAUGUAUUGUAGCUAUAUUCCUGUACAAAUUGCCAGCUAAAUACAACAGUACAUUGUUUGAGGUAUGAAUUUAGUAAAAACUAUCCUAAACUGGAAGUGGGAAUAAGAACCCUUACUCUGAUUCCUGAGAUCUUAUGCCUUUUAAAAGUUUCCAUUACAGCUGACUUUAAAAAUAAAAUAGUGUUUGCUAGAGUACAAAUUUGCAAAGUGGACCAUAGAUUAUAUGAGACGGGCCUAAAAUAUAAAAUUGUGUCACUAAAAUCAAGAUAAUGGCUAAAAUCAUGACUGAAAAAAGUGUUCUACCAGUGGACAUCCAAGAAUAACUGGGUCGGGUUUUUUUUGCCUUUGUUUGGGAUUUUUACUAGUUACAAGAUGGUGGUACAAACACUUACGUAGAUAGAGGAAUUUAAUUCUUUGGGUAACUUUUUUUAAACAAGCACACCAUCAGUCCAACAGUUGUGAGGUGGGGUGCCUAUAAUCUUCUAAGCAAGAUUAAAACAAAAUACUGAGAAACCUCUGAUAAGUAAUUGUUUGUAGAACAGCACAGUAAAUGGUUGCAUAAAAUUCACAAGUGUCCAGAGCAAAGUAAGGGAUGCUUAGUGCAUGAGUUAUGCUCUGGAUAAACUAUUUCAAAGAAUGCAUAGAUUUUUGCAUGUUGAAAUGUAGCACUCCCAUUUCUGAUUUGUUCUCUUUUGGAUGAUCUUUCCAUGUGUACUUAGAGGAUAAUGUUGAAAACCCCCAUGUAAAUAAUGCACAAUUUUUAAAUUGGAGUUUACAUUUUCACAGAAUUUACACCACUGUAUGUGGACAGUACCGUGAUGCAUACGUAUUCAUUAAAGAAAUAAAAUAUCAAGAUAAGGAUUACCAGAGGGGGGGAGAAAGCCUUAUGGUACUGUUAGUCAGCAGCCAAGUGGUUAAAACUUCCAUAUGCUUUGGUGCACUGAUAAACGUAAGCAUUUUUUUCUUAAAGCUUCUUAAAUUGCAAACGUUGUUGUUAGUUUUGAGAUUUCUAAAGCAUUACCUAGUGGAGAAACAGUUGUAUUUGAAGCUACAGUAUAAUCUGUACAUAGAUUUUCAUUUGUGAAGACUGCCUCUUCUUUUGCGUAGUGCCAUUUGCUUUCCACCUAACGACCUCAAAAAGUGCCUCACUUGUAUAUUAUUUCCAUUAAAAUCUUAACAGCUAUUUCUUUCUAUUAAAUGAUGUAUGAUUUAGUUUAACUCAUGUCAUAGAUGUAUUUCUUCUAUGUAUAAGAAUAUAGCUUGUUACUUUUGAGUAUAUAAUGUAAAUAUGCAUAUAUAAGUUUGUAACUGUUUUGUUACAUCAUACACUUGUAAGUUGACAUCAGAUAAUAUCAUACAACAGUUUCAAUGUUUUUCUGCAAUUACCUGAUUAAAACUAUCAUGAAAUUAAA